AUGAAAUUCAACAAAAAGCUUGGUUUGGUCAUUUGGCAGGAAUCAUUGUCUGCUCUUCUCAAGGACAUUUCCAACAUUCUGGAUUUCAUGGAGCGGUUAAAGAAUGAAGAAGAUCAAAAUGUUGUCAGCGUGGCCGAUCAUACCGAAGGGCUAAAGUUUGUGCUGGCAUUUAUUUGUACGUUCGCCCAGCUCUCUUAUUCCGAUUUGGAACAGUUUGAAAAUACAAUGAGUGCUUCAAGACAAGUGGUUGAGAAUCUGCUUCGACAAAUUUUGAAUGAUGCUGACAACAACCUCCAGUGUAAAUUCAACAUUCAUCAUGUCCUUCCAAGCCUCAUGGAUAAUAUCAGUGAUUGUAUUAGCUCAUGUCAUCGUUCUAAACUAAGCGCCACCAUGAAUGACGAGCAGUUGAACUUCUUACUCCUGAAUCUCCAUUAUAUAUCCAAGAUCCUUGCUGAACAUUUUUUUCCAUUGGUGACUCAGUAUGAGAUUCUUCAGAAUGGGUGCGGCAACAUGAGAGAUUUCCAUGGGUUGGUAGUGAAUGGUUACGUUGAGCAAGAUAUUGUUAAAUAUGUCUUACCUCAGUUUCCACUCAUGGCUGAGAGAGUUGGGCUCUUCCUUUGGGAUGAUCGAUUUAAAAGAGGCUCUCGGCUCUUCAAGCUAACUCAUCUACUCUUGAAGAUUAUUCCAAUUGAAUUGGGGGUGAUGCACAUAUGUUAUACAAAUUUAAAAGCUUCAACUUCAGCAGAAGUUGCAUGCUUCAUCAAGCAACUCCUGGAAAUCUCUCCAGGCAUUCUUAGAGAGUAUCUGAUUCAUCUGCAAGAGCACAUGGACAUUAUUGAUCAUGACAAAUUAUUUGAUCUUUUGGCUCAUGUUGGAUCACUUACCAGGGAAGUAUCAACUCUUGUUCACGACAUAGAAGAGAAAUCAAAGAGUAAAGGGAGUACCAACGGAACAAAUCGUGCAACUCUAGACUUGUUGAAAAAUAUUGAACACCUCAAGGAAGAUCUCAAAUAUGUUUAUCUGAAAGCCCCGGACCCAUGUCAAUGGUGCUUCCCCAUGAGCGAUGGACCACUCUUUAUGCGUCUGCUACACAUACACUUGAAUGAUUUGCUAGACUCCAAUGCUUAUUCAAUUUCAUUGAUAAAGGAUGAAAUUGAGUUGGUGAAAGAAGACCUAGAAUUCAUAAGAUUGUUCUUUGUGAAUGUUGAUAAAAGAUUGUAUAAAGAUCUAUGGGCACGUGUUUUACAUGCAGCAUAUGGGGCAAAAGAUGACAUUGAUUCAAUUAUUGUAAGAGACAAUGGUCUCUUACAUCUUAUUUUCUCACUUCCCAUUACCAUAAGAAAGAUCAAUCCUAUCAAAGAAGAAGUCUCCAAUUUACCUGAGAAGGCUCCCAAGAACAAGAGCCUCAUUGUUGUUAACUCUCCCAAGAAGCCAGUUGAAAGUAAGUCAUUGACAGUUGGCAAAAUAGUUGAAGGUUUUGAGGAGGAGACACAGUCGAUAAUAAGUAAGCUCACCAAUGUAGCGAAAGAUCUAGAUGUCAUUUCAAUCAUUGGUAUGCCGGGUUCGGGCAAAACUACUUUGGCAUACAAAGAGAAAGUUUAUAAUCAAGUUACUUGCCCUGAUUCAAAAUUGAGUGAGAAUAUUGAUGUUGCUGAUGAGCUAAGGAGACAUCUGAUUGGAAAGAGGUAUCUUAUUGUCUUAGAUGACUUGUGGGAUACUGAUGCAUGGGAUAAGUUAACAAGACCUUUUCCUCUAGUUGAGAAUGGAAGUAGAAUAAUUUUGACAUCUCGAGAUAUGGAAGUGGGUUUGUAUGGAAAGCACAGCACUGAUCCUCUUAACCUUCGUUUGCUAAGGCCAGAAGAAAGUUGGGAGUUAUUGGAGAAAAGGGCAUUUGGAAAUGACUGUUGCCCAGAUGAACUAUUGGAUGUUGGAAAAGAAAUAGCCGAAAAUUGUAAGGGAAUUUCUUUGAUGGCUGAUCUGAUUUCUGGAGUCAUGGGAGGGAAAAGAAAAAACCUGAGUGGCUUGAAGUUCGAAAUAAUUUGA